AUGGCUCUCGCGGUCUGGAUCAUCUGUACCUGUGCUGUCGCUUUCAGCAGCAUCGCUCCAUCAUCGCAAGCUCUGAGCCGGUCAAUGAUGCCCUUCGGCUUGAUGCGUCGGGAGCUGGCGUGCGAAGGCUACCCGAUCGAGCUGCGCUGCCCAGGAAGUGAUGUCAUCAUGAUCGAGACGGCCAACUACGGCCGCACCGACGACAAGAUCUGUGACGCAGACCCGUUCCAGAUGGAGAACGUGCAGUGCUACCUGCCAGACGCCUUCAAGAUCAUGUCCCAGAGGUGUAAUAACCGCACUCAGUGUGUGGUGGUCGCCGGGUCCGAUGUGUUCCCGGACCCCUGCCCCGGGACCUACAAGUACCUGGAGAUCCAGUAUGAGUGUGUCCCUUACAAAGUGGAUCAAAAAGUCUUUGUGUGCCCGGGGACGCUGCUGCGGGUGCAGGCCGCCAGCUCCCUGCAGGAGGCGGAGCACCAGGCGGGGGCGUGGUGCAAGGACCCGCUGCAGUCUGGGGACCGCCUGUACGUCAUGCCCUGGACCCCCUACCGCACCGACAUGCUGUACGAGUACGCCUCCUGGGAAGACUUCAAACAGAACCGAGCCACCACCACCUACAAGUUGCCCAACAGAGUUGACGGCACGGGGUUUGUGGUGUAUGAUGGGGCGGUGUUUUACAACAAGGAGCGCACCCGGAACAUCGUCAAGUACGACUUACGAACGCGCAUCAAGAGCGGCGAGGCCAUCAUCACAAACGCCAACUACCAUGACACGUCCCCCUACCGCUGGGGGGGGAAGUCGGACAUCGACCUGGCUGUGGAUGAGAACGGCCUCUGGGUGAUCUACGCCACGGAGUCCAACAACGGACGACUUGUGGUCAGCCAGGUGAACCCUUACACCCUGCGUUUCGAAGGCACGUGGGAGACCAGCUUCGACAAAAGGAUGGCGUCCAACGCCUUCAUGGCCUGCGGCGUGCUGUACGCGGUGCGCUCGGUGUACCAGGACGAUGACAGUGAGGCGGGCGGCGACCUGGUGAUGUACGCCUACAACACCAACCACGGCCGCGAGGAGCCCGUGAACAUCGCCUUCCCCAACCCUUACCAGUACGUCUCCUCCGUGGACUACAACCCGCGGGACAACCAGCUCUACGUCUGGAACAACUACAACGUGCUGCGCUACCCGCUGGAGUUUGGACCCCCAGACCCCACCUCAGGGCCUUUGACCACCGCCCCAGUGUCCACCACUGUUGCAGCCAAGCCGUCCACCUCCAGCGCCAGCCCCUCCACCGCCCGCCCGGUGGCGCCCACCUCGCGCCCAAUCGGCUCCAUCAACAAGCACCCCGAUCUUCGACCAAUCACAGCCACCGUGCCCGUCACCCGCCGGCCACCCCCGCCUCCGCCCCAGGGCCCGGAGCUUCAUGUGUGCGAGGCGAAGCGGGUCCGUGGCGUGGACUGGCCCACCACGCAGCGAGGAGAGACCGUGGACCGCCCGUGUCCCAAAGGAUCUCUAGGUAUCGCUUCGUUCCAGUGCUUGGCGGAGCAGGUCAUGUGGAACCCGCGGGGGCCUGACCUGAGUAACUGCACCUCCCCGUGGGUCAACCAGGUGGCCCAGAAGAUAAAGAGCGGUGAGAACGCUGCCAACAUUGCCGGAGAGCUGGUGAACCACACGCGGGGUCGGAUCCAGGCCGGAGACGUCAGCUCGUCCGUGCGACUCAUCGAGCAGCUGCUGGACAUCCUGGACGCCCAGCUUCAGGCCCUGAGGCCUGGAAACAAAGAGUCGGCUGGACGGAACUACAACAAGUUCCAGAAGCGGGAGCGGACCUGUCGGGCCUACAUCCAGGCGGUGGUGCAGACCGUGGACAACCUGCUGCGUCCCGAGGCCCUGGAGUCGUGGCAGGACAUGAACAGCACCGAGCAGGCGCACACGGCCACCAUGCUCCUGGACGUCCUGGAGAAAGGAGCGUUCCUGCUCGCCAACAACAUGUACGGGAAUCGCUUCUCCGAUCGAACGCCCAGCAUCGACCUGGAGGUGCACGUCCUGAACACGGAGAUGGACCUGCAGGACUUGUCCUUCCCACAGAACUACGCCAGCGACAGCACCAUCCAGCUCUCGGCCUCCACCAUCAAACAGUACAGCCGCAACGGACAAGUCAAGGUGGUGUUCAUCCUCUAUAAAAACUUGGGGUCCUUCCUGUCCACUGAGAACGCCACCGUGAAAAUGGAAAUGGAGGGCCCAGGUCACGAUAAGAGGCGGCUGGCGGUCAACUCGCACGUCAUCGCGGCCUCAAUCAACAAAGAGUCCAACAGAGUGUUCCUCACCGAGCCGGUGGUCUACACCCUCAAACAUCUGGAGAUGGAGAAUUAUUACACUCCCAACUGCUCCUUCUGGAACUACUCGGAGCGCUCCAUGACGGGUCAGUGGUCGUCCCAGGGCUGCCGGCUGCUGGACGCCAACAGCACGCACACCACCUGCUCCUGCAGCCACCUCACCAACUUCGCCGUGCUGAUGGCGCACCACGAGCCCGACUACCAGGGGCGCAUGCAUGAGCUGAUCCUGUUUGUGAUCACCUGGGUGGGGAUCGUCAUCUCCCUGGUGUGUCUGGCCAUCUGCAUCUCCACCUUCUGCUUCCUGCGCGGCCUGCAGACCGACCGCAACACCAUCCACAAGAACCUCUGCAUCAACCUCUUCAUCGCCGAGCUGCUCUUCCUCAUCGGCAUCGACAAGACGGAAUACCACAUCGCCUGUCCCAUCUUUGCUGGCCUUCUGCAUUUCUUCUUCUUGGCUGCCUUCUCCUGGAUGUGUCUGGAGGGCGUGCAGCUCUAUCUCAUGCUGGUGGAAGUCUUUGAGAGCGAGUACUCCCGCAAAAAGUACUACUAUCUGUUCGGCUACUGCUUCCCGGCGCUGGUGGUGGGCAUCUCGGCCGCCAUAGACUACAGGAGCUAUGGGACCAAGAAAGCAUGCUGGCUGCGAGUGGAUAACUACUUCAUCUGGAGCUUCAUUGGACCUGUUUCAUUUGUUAUUAUGCUCAACCUCAUUUUCCUCAUAAUCACUUUACACAAGAUGGUUCGCAACUCCUCAGCCCUCAAACCCGACUCCAGCCGCCUGGAUAACAUUAAGUCAUGGGCUCUGGGGGCCAUUGCUCUGCUCUUCCUCCUGGGCCUGACGUGGGCCUUUGGUCUCCUCUUCAUCAACGAGAACACGGUGAUCAUGGCGUACCUCUUCACCACCUUCAACGCCUUCCAGGGCAUGUUCAUCUUUAUCUUCCACUGUGCCCUGCAGAAGAAGGUCCAUAAGGAGUACAGCAAGUGUCUGCGUCACUCCUACUGCUGCAGCCGGACCUCCACCACCAGCUCCCAUGGAUCCCUGAAGAACUCGGGCCUGCGCGCCAACAACCGCUACUACAGCGGCAGCCAAGCUCGCCACGCCGCCGCCCACCGACAGAGUCGUAUCCGCAGGAUGUGGAACGACACGGUUCGGAAGCAGACAGAAUCUUCCUUCAUGGCGGGAGAUCUCAACAGCACCCCCACCCUCAACCGCGCAACCAUGGGCAACCACCUCCUGACAAACCCAGUGUUGCAGACUCGCACUGGAACCUCUCCUUACAACACUCUGCUGGCUGAGAGCUUCACCCCCCCCUCACCUGGGGUCUUCAACUCCACCGGAACCUUUCGUGAUCCAAAGAGCACGCUAUCCAAGGCCCGGGACCCCUGUGGGAUGGAAACUUUGCCCUUGAACGGUAACUUCAACAACAGCUACUCCCUGCGCAGCGGCCCGGGCGGCGGAGGCGGAGGCAGCUGUGACUUCCUGGGGGGGGGCGGAGGGGGCGGAGACAGUCCUCCGCCCCUCCUCAACCCCCGCGGCUCCGAGGCCCUCGGCGGCGGAGGCAUCCGGCGAAACCUCUCCGACGCGGCAGCCUUCGAGAAGAUGAUCAUCUCGGAGCUGGUGCAUAACAACCUGAGGGGGGGAGGAGGUGACGGAGGGGACAGAGGGUGUGGCAGCCUGGCCAGGGGGCGUCCUCACGGUGGCGUCGGUCGAGGGACGGUGGUCGCUGGGCCGGAGCUGUCGAUGAGCACGGACGAAGACGAGGACUUCAUGAGGGACGGGAGGCAGCGCCCCCCCCAGGAUGUGGAGCUGCUCUACAAAGCUCUGGAGGAACCGCUGCUGCUGCAGCGCGCCCAGUCGCUCCUCUACCAGAGCGACCCCGAGGAGUCAGAGAGCUACACCGCCGACCUCACCGAGAGCCUGGGCCACAGCGGCCACAGCGGCCAGAGCGCCGGCGGGCAGGGCGGCGGCGGCGGCCGGGCGCCGGACUCCCCGGCCCGGGACUCCCUGUACACCAGCAUCACCAACCUGCGGGACUCGCCCUACCCGGACAGCAGCCCGGAGCCCCUGGAGGUGGCGCCGCGCUCCGCCCAGCCCCCCGAGGAGCUGUACUACUCCUCCGGGAGGCCGGCCCUGGGCACCCGAGGCGCCCCCAUGCAGACCUUCUACCAGGUCGCGGCCCGGAGACCCAGUGGGGAGGGGCACCAGGAGCUGGGCCACGGCGAGGCCGACGGACAGAUGCAGCUGGUCACCAGCCUGUGA